CCAGCGAGCUAUAUCAGCCAUGGCUCGCCUUUGCUCAGUAUUUGAUUGUCCCUACUCUACAGCUUCCAAUUGAACUUAAUACCGCUAUUGGAAUCUCACCUCCUGGCUCAUCUCAUCCUCUGGCAACACACACACACACUCUCUCUCACAUCACAAUGGCAUCCACAGAAAGUAUCCUCCAGGGCGUCACCAUCCUCGGCAAGGUCGACGAAGGCCACCGCAAGAUCCUCACGCCUCCCGCCCUAGCCUUCCUCACCCUUCUGCAUCGCUCCUUCAACGCCACCCGCAAGAACCUGCUCGAGCGCCGCAAGCUGCGCCAGGCCGAGCUGGACCGCGGCGUCCUGCCCGACUUCCUGCCCGAGACCAAGCAGAUCCGUGAGAAUCCCACAUGGAAGGGAGCCGCUCCCGCGCCUGGUCUGGUCGACCGGCGCGUUGAGAUCACGGGCCCGACGGACCGCAAGAUGGUCGUCAACGCCCUGAACUCUGACGUCUGGACGUAUAUGGCUGAUUUCGAAGACUCAAGCGCCCCGACCUGGGACAACAUGAUCAACGGCCAGGUCAACCUGUAUGACGCCGUCCGCCGCCAGGUCGACUUCAAGCAGGGAGCCAAGGAGUACAAGCUCCGCACCGACCGCAAGCUCCCCACCCUCAUUGUCCGUCCUCGGGGCUGGCACCUGGAGGAGAAGCACCUCCUCGUCGACGGCGAGCCCAUCUCCGGCAGCCUGUUCGACUUUGGCCUGUACUUCUUCCACAACGCCGUCGAGUCGCAGAAGCAGGGCUUCGGCCCGUACUUUUACCUGCCCAAGAUGGAGAGCCACCUGGAGGCUCGUCUGUGGAACGACGUCUUCAACCUUGCCCAGGACUACAUCGCCAUCCCCCGCGGCACCAUCAGGGGCACCGUCCUGAUCGAGACCAUUCUCGCGGCCUUUGAGAUGGACGAGAUCAUCUACGAGCUCCGCGACCACAGCUCCGGCCUCAACUGCGGCCGCUGGGACUACAUCUUCAGCACCAUCAAGAAGUUCCGCAACAACCCCAACUUCGUCCUGCCCGAUCGCUCCGCCGUCACCAUGACCGUCCCCUUCAUGGACGCCUACGUCAAGCUCCUCAUCCAGACGUGCCACAAGCGCGGCGUCCACGCCAUGGGCGGCAUGGCCGCCCAGAUCCCCAUCAAGGACGACAAGGAGGCCAACGACAAGGCCAUGGAGAACGUCCGCGCCGACAAGCUGCGCGAGGUCCGCGCCGGCCACGACGGCACCUGGGUCGCUCACCCCGCCCUCGCCAGCAUCGCCACCGACAUCUUCAACAAGUACAUGCCCACGCCCAACCAGCUGUUUGUCCGUCGGGAGGACGUCAAGAUCACCCAGAACGACCUGCUCAACAUGAACGUCCCCGGAAGCAUCACCGAGGAGGGCAUCAAGAAGAACCUCAACAUUGGCCUGGGCUACAUGGAGGCCUGGAUCCGAGGCGUCGGCUGCGUUCCCAUCAACUAUCUCAUGGAGGACGCCGCCACCGCCGAGGUCUCGCGCAGCCAGCUCUGGCAAUGGGUCAAGCACGGCGUGUCCACGGCCGAGGGCAAGCGCGUCGACAAGGCCUACGCCCUGCGCCUGCUCAAGGAGUGCGCCGACGCGCUCGCCGCCAAGGCGCCCCAGGGGAACAAGUUCCAGCUCGCGGCGCAGUACUUUGCCACGCAGGUGACGGGCGAGGACUAUGCCGACUUUUUGACGACACUCCUUUACGAUGAAAUCACAAAGCCUGGUUCUCCUUCCCCGGCUUCGAAGCUGUAAAAUUUGUAUCAACAUGUGGGAAUAUUGGA